GAUUGGACCUUCUCAACUAUACAAACAUGACUUCAUGUGAUGUCAGCUGAAUGUAAAAGACAGUGAUCUCACGCGGAGGGGAAGAUGUUUGCCAUCAAAAUGUGACAGAGGAGACAGGCUGCAUGGCUCGGAACGCAUCUCCUUGGCGGUGGGGGAAAGAGACCUAGUGGAGAGAGGCUGCGCCCUGGCCCAGUCCGGUACGGCUCAGCUCGGCGAGCCAUGGCAAGCUCGGCUUCCCUGGAGACCAUGGUGCCCCCGGCCUGCCCGCGCGCUGGAGCGUCGCCGGCCACUUCCAAGACGCUGGCCUUCUCCAUCGAGCGCAUCAUGGCUAAGACGUCGGAGCCCCGUGCGCCCUUUGAGCCCCGACCCGGGGCACUGGAGGCGGACGGCGGCCAGGGCAAGAAAUUGCUCAACCUCUGCUCACCGCUGCCCUGUAUGAUCCCCCUCCAGCCCCUAGGCUACGAGGUGCCGUCCAAGACGCUGCUCAGUUACUCUGAGCUCUGGAAAAGCAGCCUCCGGGCGGGCGGCGGAGGCGGCGGCGGCGGCGGCGGCGGUGGCGGCGGGGGGGCCCCGGUGUGCGGCGCCAGCGGCUUGUGCAAAACCAACUGUGGCGUGUGCUGCAAGGCCGAGCUGGGCCUGGCGCCGUCUGCGCUACCCGCGGGCAGGGUCAUCAAGCCGCAGGUCAUCAACCAGGCAGUGGGGCUUCCGGCCAGCGGCUCGCUCUACUACUUCAACUACCUGGACUCUGCCGCGUACCCGCCGUCUGAGCUCCUGGGCGGCCACCUCUUCCCGUCCGGCCUCCUCAACGCACAGGCCCCCGCUGCCCUGGCUGCGCACCCCAAGCUCUUUUUGCUGGAGAACGCCAAGUUGGCCGGCCUGGCCGCAGACAAGUUCCCCCAUCCGGCCCCCUAUGCCCAUAAGGAGCGCUUGCCCGCGCCGCUGGAGCAGGUGCUGAAGGAGAACUCGGCCCUGACCGCCGAGCGCGGCGGCGUCAAGGGCCACAGCAAGCUGCCUGGGGGCUCCGCGGACGGCAAGCCCAAAAACUUCACCUGCGAGGUGUGCGGCAAGGUAUUUAACGCUCACUAUAACCUCACCCGCCACAUGCCGGUCCACACCGGAGCCAGACCGUUCGUGUGCAAAGUCUGCGGCAAAGGCUUCCGCCAGGCCAGCACGCUCUGCAGACACAAAAUUAUCCACACCCAGGAAAAGCCGCAUAAAUGCAACCAGUGCGGCAAAGCCUUCAACCGCAGCUCCACGCUCAACACACAUAUUCGCAUCCACGCGGGCUACAAGCCCUUCGUCUGUGAAUUUUGCGGCAAAGGCUUUCACCAAAAAGGGAACUACAAGAACCACAAGCUGACCCACAGCGGCGAGAAGCAGUACAAAUGCACCAUCUGCAACAAGGCCUUCCAUCAGGUCUACAACCUGACCUUCCACAUGCACACCCACAACGACAAGAAGCCUUUCACGUGCGCCACUUGCGGCAAAGGGUUUUGCAGAAACUUUGACUUAAAGAAACACGUGCGCAAACUCCACGACAGCGGGGGUCCCACCACCCCCUGCACAAAGGACCUGACUCGGACAGUGCAGAGCUGAGAGCUACUGCCUCGCCCUCCCUUCCGGCCCUAUCCAACCCCCAAACAGAUCACACGUAUAAACUUAUUUCUAAAAUUAAAAGAAAGGAGAAAAAAAAAAGCUAUAGCAGAAAGGCUAAAAUCUAUUUAUCGAAACCAGCAUAUUUUUGGAAAGCUAAACGUUUCCUCGAUGACUGGCAGCAAACGCCUGGCUCCCACCUUUGUAUAUUCGGGAAACAUUUAAACCCAGUGCGCCGAAACGUAUUUAAUUCCAGGCCUCGGCUUCUCCUCGGGCGGCGGGUUUUAACACCAGGCUGUCACGUGAACGUCCCGGAAGAGCGCGGCGCCCCCAGCCAUCUUUAUACAGCCAUGUAAAUCCUCCUGUACACACGAACACGGAAUAUAUACAUAUAUAACUCAA